UGAGUCGAUACUGUCGGUAAGGUCGAUUAGCAGCAACAGUCGAUCGUGCAUGGUUGCGUGUGUGCGGAUUGCACCGCCGCUUCGAGGCAGCAGUUUUAUUUACUAAUUAGAGUGCCGAUGUGCGGUAGGAAGCGUUAAAUGUGCGUGGAAAAUGUCGAAUCCGGGCGGUAGUAGGAGGAACGGGGCCAUGAAGAUUCGUUUGACGAUUUUAUGUGCCCGUAAUCUUGCUAGGAAAGAUCUGUUUCGCCUACCAGAUCCUUUUGCCAAAAUCACAGUGGAUGGUUCUGGUCAGUGUCAUAGUACAGAUACAUGCAAGGCAACAUUAGACCCCAAAUGGAAUCAACAUUAUGACCUAUAUAUUGGAAAAAAUGAUGGCAUUACUAUAUCAGUUUGGAACCAUAAAAAAAUUCAUAAAAAAAAAGGUGGUGGAUUCCUAGGAUGUGUAAGAAUAUUAUCCAACACAAUUCAAAGACUUAAGGAUACAGGAUAUCAACGAUUAGAUCUUUGCAAAGCGCACUCAGAUGACACUGAUGUUGUUAAAGGGCAAAUUGUUGUAUCUCUGUUAUCAUGGGACGGUCACAAUGGUGCUGUAAGCAAUACAGUAGGUCAUAAUGCAGUGGUAGAUGUUCUUGGAGAUCUUAGUUGUCCAACGGAUUUGCCAGAAGGGUGGGAGGAGAGAAGAACACAAAGUGGUCGUCUUUACUUUGUCAAUCAUUACACUAGAAGUACACAAUGGAUUCGUCCAAAUGCUAGACCUAAUAAUGGUAUUAUACCAACUACACCUGAGCCACCGCCACUUCCUUUUUCGGAAUUUACUUCUCCCAGUGGUAGUGGAAGUCCUCCUAAUCUACCCACUGAAAGUCCUACAAGAUGUACACCUGAAUGGAAUGGAGAAGGAACACCUAGCAGAACACCUAGUAGAGACAGUUCUACUUCAAAUACACCAAGAAAUACACCAACCCAACAACAAAAUAGGAAUAUGCAAAAUCAACACAAUACAAGAAAUAUGACACCAGCAUCGUCAAGGGAACGUCGACCAAUAAGAACAUCCGAUGAACAAAAUGGUAAUCAAAGUGGAAACAUUAGACCAGAACGUGGUACCAAUAACAGUCAACCACGAAGGCCUAACCGAAGUAAUAGAAAUAGAAACAGCAUUACAGCUAAUAAUGAGAUGAGGUAUGAUCCUCCACAACCACCGGAUUUACCUAGAGGUUAUGAAAUGAGAAAAACGCAGCAAGGUCAAGUGUAUUUUUAUCAUGUACCAACUGGUUCAUCUACAUGGCAUGAUCCUAGAAUACCUCGAGAUUUACCAGCAAAUGAAUUGGCAAGUGAACUUGGACCACUACCUAGUGGUUGGGAAAUGCGGCAAACACAAAGUGGUCGGGUUUAUUUUGUGGAUCACAAUAACAGAACUACUCAAUUUACUGAUCCUAGAUUAUCCAGUCAAAUUAUAAGCAAUCUAUUAAAUAGGCGACAAAAUAAUAGUACAACUAAUCAAACAAGUAGUUCAAAUAAUUCACCUACAGUCACAGCUGCAAAUGAAACUACAGAAACUGAGACACCAACAUCGCCAAGCAUUCAAUGCAAUAUUGUUCAACAAAGGCCGAGAACGGAAAAUGGAAGUAACAAUAAUUCACCAACAUUGGAAAAUACGUCUACUCAAAAUGCGCCUACUGUAUCUGAAUUGCCAAAGGAACUAAUGGAUAAUGAACUUUUACCAAAAUAUAAACGAGAUCUAGUGGCAAAAUUGAAAUGCUUGAGGGCAGAAUUAAUCGCUCUUCAACCCCAAAGUGGACACUGUAGGCUUGAAGUAUCGAGAAAUGAAAUAUUUGAAGAAUCAUAUAGAUUAAUCAUGAAAAUGCGACCAAAAGAUAUGCGGAAAAGACUUAUGGUAAAAUUCCGUGGUGAAGAAGGUCUUGACUAUGGUGGAGUAGCACGAGAGUGGUUAUAUUUAUUAUCUCAUGAAAUGUUAAAUCCACAAUAUGGAUUAUUUCAAUAUUCGAGAGAUGACAAUUAUACGCUUCAAAUCAAUCCAGAUUCAGGAAUAAAUCCAGAACAUUUAUCGUACUUCCAUUUUGCUGGCAGGAUUAUAGGAAUUGCUGUUUUUCAUGGGCAUCAUAUUGACGGUGGAUUUACAACUCCAUUUUACAAAAUGUUGCUUAAUAAGGCUAUUACUCUUACUGACAUAGAAGGAGUCGAUCCGGAAUUACAUAGAAGUCUCACAUGGAUGUUAGAAAAUAGUAUAGACGGAGUGUUGGAUGCUACAUUUUCAGUAGAACAUAGUAGUUUUGGAGUAUUAAAAAAUCAUGAGUUAAAACCGGGUGGUAAAGACAUUCCUGUAACUGAAGAAAAUAAGAGGGAAUACGUCCGUUUAUACGUGAACUAUCGCUUUAUGCGAGGAAUUGAACAACAGUUUCUGGCACUACAAAAGGGAUUCCAUGAAUUAAUUCCACCGCAAUUAUUAAGACCAUUUGAUGAAAGAGAAUUAGAAUUGGUUAUAGGUGGUUUAGGAACUAUUGAUAUUAAUGACUGGAAAAUGCAUACACGAUUAAAACAUUGUACACCCGAUACGCCUGUUGUCAAAUGGUUUUGGCAAAUAGUUGAAUCUUAUGGAGAAGAAAUGAGAGCUCGGUUACUGCAAUUUGUUACAGGAAGUUCCAGAGUUCCUUUGCAAGGUUUUAAGGCUUUACAAGGUUCAACAGGAGCUGCAGGUCCGCGUCUAUUCACAAUUCAUGCCGUUGAUGCACCUAGUGAAAAUUUGCCAAAAGCGCAUACUUGUUUCAAUAGAAUAGAUAUACCCGAAAGUUAUCCCAGUUAUCAAAAAAUGCUUGACAAGCUUACGCAGGCGGUUGAAGAAACUUGUGGUUUUGCUGUUGAAUAAAUAGGUAAAAUAUAUUACCUUAUUAUGUAUAGCAUAUACUCUGUUUCUAGGAUUACUCAGAGUAUACAUUUUUAUAGCAAGGAAUAUUCAUCGACAGAUUUUACUGUCGUUAAAUUAAAAAUUAAUGUUUGAAGUACCAAGAGAUGUUAUCUAAGAAGAGUAAGAAAGGAAAAGAGUACUAGUACUAUAAAAUGAAAAUGUUAAUAUGUAGAAUGUCAGUAAUAUUUCUGACAAUGUUUUUGUACAAAUAUUCAAAUGGCCUUGGUGGUUGUAAUGACUGACAAAUGAUUGUCGAUUGGUAUAUCAUGUAUGUAAACACUCUUGUGAUUUUCUCACUUCGUCCAUGAACAUUUAAAAUGAAUGGUUCCUCAGAAGUUCUGAUUAUAUUGGUCUCUAGCUAUUUAUCAUUCAGUGACCGAUAAUGAUGUGCAAAUAUUGCAGUUUCAUUCAGGUAAUCAUCUUGAUUGGCCUAAAUUAAAACUUUUGUUUAUAAUAAUCAACUUUUCCGUCAUAACUGUAGUACCAAUAAUUUACUCGUAAGACACCAUCAAAGAAUUAACUUCAUUGUUCAAGGUAUGAUAGACAAAUCAUGCAUGCACAAAUAUCUACGGAAAAUGAAUUCUUUCACAAAAUGAAAAGCAUUGUUCAAUUAUGAAUACGCUCAUGUUAGUAUUUUAUAUUAAACGAAAAUAUAAAUACAAAUUAAUUGAUAAAUUAUGAAUCUCAAAGCAAUCAGAAUUUCUUAAUACACGUUAUUUGAAAUCAAGUUUCUUUUGUGCAAUGUUCUUUCAUUCUUGAAAGAUUUCAGUUUCUCUGUGAAUCAAAUGUAGUAACAAUAUGCACUGUCAAUUAAUACUUCUACAUUAACUACCUUCAAAGUAAUAGAACUUAGUGUCAAAUCAAUAAUGUAUACUCAAAUUCACACUAUUAUAAUCAGAUAUUGAAAACAGUGUUGGGAAUCUAGUAUUUUACAAAUGUAUUAUAACAUAAUGGCUCAUGGUGGCUAAGGGGAAAAUACAAAAUUUGUAUAUACAUCAUGACCUUAAACGCAAGUGUUAUGUUUCUUAUUUAAUGAAUGUAUUUUAGAGAUGCUUUUAAUUAUGUAUAGGAACGUGCUGAUUUCAUAUCAACAAUCGUAAUAUUUACGUACGUUUGAUUAUACAUAUUAAAAUAAGAAAGUACGUUUCAGUAUUAACAUUACUUUUAUUGCAAUGCAAACAACACUUGCGUUUGGGAACUUCGUAACGCAAUCAGCAAAUUUUGUUAUUGCUGCGUAAUUCAUACGAACCGCAGAUUAUUGUUGCUAGUUUAGGAGCCAAUAGCACCGAAUGCGUUAAUGAAAUAUAAAUAAUAAAGUUUAAUAUAAAUUAAUAACAGGAGCGUAUAACGUGUGCGCCAGGUUCUAGUGUAGGUUAAAUCGUGAAUCAUGUACAUUAGCUUUAAUUUAAAAUGGUAUAGAUAUUUAAGGAAAGAGUUUAUUCGACAUGUUUAUGUAAAGUUAACAAAUUUUGAUCGAAUCGACUCUUUUACUUUAGGGAGUUCACAAAAUCUAUGCGUUACUAGGUCUUUUAGUAAAGCAUAGAAAAACUUAUUUAUCGCACGAAUACUUCAUUUAGUCUCUAGUAUUUACUUUUAUUGUAAAGAUCUAGUGGCUAAUAGCACGAAUCAUCAUUUCGUAUUAUUAUUACAUUAUUGUAUUUUAUUCUGCACAUAACUGUGAUCAAACAUAUCGUAAAAAAGAGAAGAAACAGUGGGGGACACUUAUUAAUGGUUUGUUUGAAUAUUUCACAUGUAUUUGUGUGUGUUGUGUAACAACAAACCUUUCUACGAAUAUUUGUUUUAACAAUGACUUGAUUAACGAAAUAUCGUUAUAUUGUAUACUUUACCCGUAAAAGUAUCACCCGUUUUCGGUUUUGAAAUACGGUCUGAUUACUUUACCUUCAUGCUCUUAUCAUAAAACUAUCAUCCGUCUUCUUUCGCAUGGUACACUAACGAAACAAUCGUUCCACUUAUACUCAACGACGACGAUGGUGAUGAUGGAAAUGUUUACAUUGACACAUUCGAAAAGUUUCACGAUACAGUAUUAAAUGGAAUUUAUUGAAUAAUAUUGCAAAUUCAAGACAAAAUCCAAUGAUACCUAAAUUCAAAUUUUUUUGUUCAUUCAUUGGUUACUAAAUUUUGCAAUGCUUCAUAUACAUUUCCUUACCAAAAUAAAAUUUGAAUUUAUAUACAGCACGUUCUUGGGUACUCUUAAGAUUAAAUUGCUGAACAACCAAAACGAGGGUCUCCCACAAGUUUCUUAUAUCUUGCAAACUUUUUUCUAAUUUUUUAUUGCAUCUGACGGGAAUGAAGGCCUUAUUAGUGCCUUGGAGAUGAUGUCAAUGAGAAAAGAACAAGUUUUAUGUCUAUUAUAUUUUGGAAUAAAAAUAAUGCUGCAUGCCAUUUUAAGGUACGUCUCGUAAAUUAUAAAAAAAUGAAUAUCAAAAAAAUCGUCACAACGUAAAUUACACAAAUGUAUGUAUAAAUUAUUAUAAAAAUGAGACCCCACGGUUGGACAGCAAGUAGAAAUUACUGUCACCAGUUAGACGAAUAUCACUAAUGAGAUUUCAAUUAAGUAAAAUCUAAACAUUUAUGAAGCAAUCAUCGCAUUUACUAAUUCAUUGUUUCUUAAUGUUAGAUAAGAAAAAAUAACGUGUUAAAAAACAAACAUAAUGUGCAUAAAUCUUCUAUAAGUAAACUCAUCAAUUUCUAAAUUGAGCAUAUCCGAAUCGGUGCUAAUCCGAAUUGGUUGCAAAGUAACGUGAGAGUUAAGAGUCGCAUGCUAGUCAGCGCUCCUAUAGAGUUAAAGUCUCGUUGCCGAGUAAUAUAUGAGUGAAAUGCUGUUUUAAAUACUGAAACCAAAUCCUCUUUACAAGCUUCACUCACUCAACGCUACUAUACCCACGCUUUUAUGGCUUCGGCUCUUCAUGCGAUUCGUUGCCUGACUCGCAAUCCUCGAAUUCAGGUUUCGCUUGUGAAAGCCCUGCUUUGGAUAUGCUUGAUCUAAACAACAAAUAACAAAUACCUUGGAACGAAGCUUCAAUUAUUCCCAUUGUAUUACAUAUAUGAAUAAUUGGCGGAAAGAAUUGGUGUUCAUCAAUUAUUAAAAACCAAAUAAUUAUUUUAAAUCAAGUAUUAUGCGAAAUCGAGUUUGAUUGCUAAAUGCAUGAAAUGCAUUGCAAUAGCACAAUGUUACACAAAAAAUUGUAUUUAAAAGUGAUUUACUGCCUAAUUAUGCGAGUCUAACAGGAGACAAUAUUAAACAAUGAAUUAAGAUGAAGAGGUACAAAAUUAGAAAACGACUUAAAACAUAUCAUACAGAGAUAUUCAUUGCAAUUUUAAGUCUCAAAUGUGAAUGUAAUUAAUAAAAUAAUUUGUAAUGAAUUACGGGUAUAAAUGCUCUCUUAAAUUACUUGAAUGUUUAGUAAUUUAUACAAUCAGAAUUUUUACUGAAAAUAUGUGGUGGCCUGAUUUUGAAUUCAGUGUUCAGUAUAUACUGUGCUUGUUCAUAGUAAGAUUGUAUUCUACCAAGUAGCAAAAUAUUUUGCAAAUAUUUAUACGUUUUUGUAUUUGGAAAUCAGAAACAAUUUCUGCCCUUUAAAAGAGCAAUAAAAUGUGAAUAAAAAUGAGGAAUCGUUUAUUGAACAACUUAGACAUGGAUUUUUGUGACUCAUUUAUCCAAAAUAUGUGUGAGAAUUACAAAAAAAUGCGAAUAUGUUACUACACUGCAAUUACUUUAUUAUUAUUAUUAUUAUUAAUAUUAUUAAUAUUAUUAUUAUUAUUAUUAUUAUUGCUAUUAUAAUCGUCGUUAUUAUGAUUAUUGCGCAGAAUCUUCAAAACACAAUUGUAUAUACAUCUUUUCCUUUUGU